UGGUCGCUGCCCCCCAGCACGGCCCGCGCUUCCUUCUCCAGCUCCUCGUUCUCCGCCAGCACUUCCGCCAGGGACACCACGGGUUCCUCCGCGCCGCUCCCGCCGCUCCCCGGCUCGGCGCCCUCCGGAGCCGCCGCCUCCAUCGCCGGGACGCGAAGGCCGAGGAGCGCGAACCGAGGCGGGAAACACGGGGCCAAGGAGGCGCCAGGGGGCGCCACAGCGGAAGCGGAAUCGCGCGCGCCCCACGUGACCGUGGGCGGCGUGUCACCGCGGGGCGGGGCGGCCCGCGCGGCCGGCACGUGACCGGCGGGGCGGGCACAUGAGCGGCGGGCGGUGAUGGCGGACCUGGUGGCCGAGACGGAGCCGGGCCCGGGCCCGGGCCGGGAGCUGGUGGCGGAGCUGCGGGGCCGCGACGGGCGGACGCGGACGGUGCGGGUGCCGUACCCGGCGGCGGAGGAGGGCGAGGCCGCCCAGCUGCGCGGGCUGCGAGGGGCCCUGAGCGAGCUGCAGGAGCGGGUGGUGGAGCUGCUGGCGCCGCUGGUGCAGGAGGAGCGGGCGGCAGCGGGCGGCGCGCGGCGCGGUGGUGGCGGGGAUGAUGACGACGACUACGAUGAUGACGAGGAGGAGGAUGCAGGCGAAGACGAAAACAACGUGGACGCGGCGGCGAGCGGCGAUGACCCUCCCGUGAAGCGGACGAAGGUGCAGCAGCCGUGAGGGCGGCGCUGGAGGCCGGGCCUGCGCCUGGACAGGCUGUACCGACUGUAAGUGUCCCGGGCCCGCUGCACGGACUGGCUCCUGCGGCGCUGCUGCUCCUGUUCAAAUGCGAAACUGUUUUAAUACGGAAGCCUUUCCGAAAGGAUGCGCCUGGGUGUGAGCAGCGUGUUGUUUACAGGGUGCCAGUGUUAUGCUGGCACCAGUUUUUUGGUAAAUUAGUUGGCAAGUAUAGACUUCUCUCGCAAAUCUUCUGAUUGGUAUGUUUUUUAAUAACUUAUUCUGAGUCACAGUAUUUCUUCAUGUGACACCACUUUUAAAAUAAAGCAGUAAAACUUCAAAAGAGUUAUUUUGUCAAACAUGAUCUUUAAAAGUACAAGACAGCUUGUGUUUGUAUGCAGAAAAAGCAAUAUAAGACCACUAUAAGUAUCAAAAUUAACAAGCAUGUAUAAGACUGGGCCCCUUCUGUACAGUCUUACAGUGGAGGAUUAUUUUUGCCUAUCAUCGACAAGGUUUAGUCACCUGUCAGCCAAGAAGCUUCUGUAAACAGGUAUAAAACACUCUUGAUAGUGACUCCAUAGAGCCUUAACCCUAAGAGUGUUCUGUAGCAGAAUUUAAUUGCCUGAAUGAAUACUAUGAAAAGCAUUUUGGGUGGUUAUUUUCAUUUUCUUGUGUUGUCCUGGCACAGUUUGUUUGUAUAUUAUGGAAACUGAGCAAAUCUUGAGACUUAGAUAUGUAGGACAAAGUGUGGAAAUAAAUGAACUUUUAUGAGGACAAAA